CGGCGCAGGGCUCCAUCAUCCUCCGGCUCCCUCCAUCUGCAUCCCUCCCUUUCCGCCCUGCUUCCAUCCCUGGAUCUCCGCAGCAUCCGUCCCUCCCGCCGCCUCCGGGGCCUUUCCCCGAGCCUCCUCCCUCUCCUCCCGCGCCCUCCCUUCCACCUGUCACCCUGUCAUCCCCAUCCCUCCCACCGCCCCCCCUUUCCCCGCUCCCCGGAUCUGCCCCAUCGCUCCCACCUCUCCAGCGUCUCCCCCAACCCUCCUCCUCCCUCCUCUCCAUCUCUUUCUCCUCGCUCGCUCGCUCUCCUCCUCCUCCUCCUCCUCCUCCUCCUCCCCGGCUCGGUCUCUCCAACUCCGCCCGGCACGCUUGUCUGCCCGGCGUGGUGCUCCCAGAGAUGGAGAGGAUGAGGGGGGCGGAGGAGGGCCCGUGGGUCCGUCCGCGGUGACCCGGGCCUCACGGAGACGGAUCCCGGCCCCGGCGGGCGGCUCCUCGGACCCGCCCCCGCCCCCCGCGCCCGGGCGUCCUCGAGUUCUGCCAUGCGGUGCGCCACCCUCCUGGCGCUGCUGACGCUGGUGCUGCUGUACCUGGUGUCGGGCGCCCUGGUGUUCCGAGCCCUGGAGCUGCCCAAGGAGCAGGCUGCCCAGAACCAACUGGACAGAGCCUACCGCCUCUUCCUGCUGGAUCACCCGUGCGUGAACGAGAGCCAGCUGAGGAAGUUCCUGGAGGAGGUGGCCGACGCCCUGGGAGGGGGCGCCGACCCCAAGGGGAACGUCACCAACGCCACCUCCUCGGCCUGGGACAUCGGCAGCGCCUUCUUCUUCGCCGGCACCGUCAUCAGCACCAUCGGCUACGGGAACACGGCCCCGCGCACGGAGGGCGGCCAGCUGUUCUGCAUCUUCUACGCCCUGGUGGGGAUCCCUCUGUUCGGGAUGCUGCUGGCUGGCGUCGGGGACCGCCUCGGCUCCGCCCUGCGUCACGGCAUCGGCAAGCUGGAAGCCAUCUUCCUGAAGUGGCGGGUGCGGCCGGCCCUGGUCCGGGUGCUGUCGGCCCUGCUCUUCCUGGCGAUCGGCUGCCUCCUCUUCGUGCUGGUCCCCACGAUCGUCUUCUGCCACAUGGAGGGCUGGACCACGCUUGAGGCCGUCUACUUUGUCGUCGUGACGCUCACCACCGUGGGCUUCGGGGACUACGUGGCCGGUGCCAGCGUGGGAGAGGAUCACCCGUUCUCUCAAUUCUACCAACCGCUGGUGUGGUUCUGGAUCCUGCUGGGCUUGGCCUACUUUGCCUCCAUCCUGACCAUGAUCGGGAACUGGCUCCGGGUCGUCUCCCGCCGCACGAGGGCAGAGAUGGGAGGCCUCACGGCCCAGGCCGCCAGCUGGACGGGCACGGUCACGUCCCGGAUGCCCCAGCCCGGAGGGAUGCUCUUGGUGCCGGGGAGGCUGUCCCCCAAGCUCGCCCCCGGGCCCCCGGACCCGCCGGGCCUCCCCGGACCCCGGGAGAAGAAGUCCCGGGAGGGAGACCCGCCCCCCCUCCCCGAGCCACCCUCGCCCCCGCCGCCCCCUGCCCUGGAUUACCCCGGAGAGAAUUUCGCCUUCAUCGACGAGUCCUCCGACGCCCAGAGCGAGAGGGGCUGCGCCCUCCCCCGGGCCACCCGCGGCCGCCGCCGCCGCCGCGACCCCCCGAAGAAGGCCGGCCGCACCCGGGACAAAGGGGAGCCGGCCUGACCGGCCGCGGCCCCCCGGGACCCCGGCCCCGGCCGCCCCAGGGGGCUCGGCCUUCCCUCUCCGCUCCUUUCCAGCUCCCUCCACCCUGCCCUCUGCCCCCGACCCCCUCCACCCCCUCUCCCCCCUUUCUGCACCCCAGGCCUCCGGGUGAGCGAAGAGCCCCUGGGGCCUGGGGACCCCCGGUCUCGCUCCUCCGCCGGCUCCCCGAACCGUCCCCCUCCCCCUUUACCCUGGCCUCCGCCCUGCAUCUGCCUCUUCUCGGACCUCACGACCGUGCCUCGAGAUCCGGAUCAAUAAAGGAGAAAAAUCUGCCCACGGA